AUGUCAGGCUUAUUCGACCAGUUCCGGGAUGCGAGACAUCCUCCUCAGGAUCCGACACAUCUCUCGUUCAAAGGCAAAACCGUCCUGGUGACGGGAGCCAACGAUGGGCUGGGUCUACAAUCCGCCAUCAAGUUUGCCCAGCUCGGGGCCGACAGAUUAGUUCUCGGUGUCAGAACACAGGAAAAAGGAGAGGCUGCAAAGGCUGCGAUCCUGAGCCAGACGAAGAAUGCGCCCGAGUUCGUCGUCGUCACCGCGGACCUCUCGACCUUCGCAUCGGUGAGGGCGUUCGCGGCCGAGGUCAACGACAAGAUUGACAAGUUGCACAUUGUCCUGCUGUGCGCGGGCAUCAUGGUCCCUACCUUCCAGGCCAGCCCAGAAGGGUACGAGAUCAAUCUGCAGGUCAACGUUCUCUCAACGGCCUUGAUGGCGCUUUUGCUGGUGCCCAAGGUCCGCAGCACCGCAGCUCUUCGGGAUGGCGAUUUCACACCACACAUCACCAUAUUGAACAGCCUCGCGACCCAAGAGACAGAAGAUGCAUCGGUCCCGACAGAUCAAACUCUGCUCGACCGCAUCGGUGACGCGUCCAAAUUCGAGCACAUCAGUCAAUAUUACCUGGUCAAACUAGCCGCCCGAUACUUCAUACGGGGAUUGGCGGAGCAGAUUGUCUCGAAAGACAUAAUCAUCGUGAACUGCUGCUGUCCCGGAAUGUGUCGGACUGGGCUUCUGCGCCACUAUUCUCUACCGAUACGGAUCAUGCUAGCUCCAUAUAGAUGGAUCUGUGGCAGAACGGGCGAACAAGGCGCUCGAACACUCGUGAGCGCGACCGCCUUGGGUCCGGAGAGCCAUGGCACUUUGUGGUUGAACGAUGAACUCCCCCCGCCCGCGAAAUUCCUCGCCACGGAGCGUAGCGAAGAAGUGUAUCGAGAGACAUUCAGAGACAUCCUCUCUAUUCUGAAAGAAAAGGGAGGGUUGACUGAAGAUUUCUUAGCUAGCUUGCGUGGCGGUGUCUGA